CGAGUCCCAGCUGCAAAGGCUACGUCAGUCGACAGUAGUAACCCAGCUACCGUUGAGUCAGGUUGUCGGUGGUUGCUCGUCGCAUGUUGACAGUGACGUACAUGUGCGUGCAUUUGUGUGUCAGCAGUUUUGAGCAAAUGUAGAAUAUCUUGAUAACACGUAAGCAUGACGUUAGUUAUACUGUAAAGCAAUUGUAAGCGAAAAGACACAAGUGCCUAGAUAUAAUGUGAUACUCGGUAUCUUACCUGUGAAUUGUGUUAUAAAGUUAAUCUCCGUAAAUGUGUUGGAGGCCGCGACUGGCAUUCGUUAUGUGGGAGAACUCGGUUCGUUGUGAACUUUCGCGGAAAAGGGGAAAUAAAGCCCGGGAAACAAAUGAGCACCUGACAUGGUGAAGGUGUGUGCGGGUGUUUGUGUGCGAAUGUGUAUGGGAAGGCAUGAAUCACAGGUCAUCACCAUACUCUGAUCUCAAUCCCGUGACCCAUAAAACUUACUACUACUUCUAUUGCUAAUCGAUUUCUUUGUCGCUUCUCACAAACGUCUACUUUGCAUUUCCAGGUCGUAUCGGUACACUCGUAACUUCAGUGUGCAGUAAUAAACGGAAUGCUUUCAAACGCGUGUGCACAAAAUUUGCUUUCAUCAUCUCGUGGUUUUAUCGUGUGAAGUCGUGAAUUGAGUUUGAGGUAAAUGUGGAAAAAAUUGAUAGGAAAACACCGAGAUAACUGCGGUUGUGUUGUCAGUGUCCUGAAGUCUAAAGACUAACUAGUAGUGACUCGUGUGCAAGUUUUAAAGUCUACUGGAAAGAAGUGUCUCUUCAUUAAUGUUUAAACUAGGCUGUAUUUUUUGACAUUGUUUUCCUAAUGACCAUUAUGGCCUCAUCUGGUUGACAUAACAGGAAAACCUUCGCUUUAUCACACACAAACAAAUUUGGUCUGUCAGAUUCAGCAUGACCAAGAGCUGAUAUUGACUAUGGACUGGCUGAUCCUUGCCACCCUUGCAGUGGCAUGGGAAACAGGAAUUCAAGAUGUUGAAGGAACACAAGAUAUCUCAGGGACAGCUUGCCCAUCAUUCGAAGACAACUCCUAUUGUCCUUGUUACCACUUCGACGAUGGGGUCUUCUUGGAAUGCUCGGGGCUACCCUUGGCCACGGUGUCGAGGGUCCUCAGCCUUAUUGAGCGUCCUGUGACGUCACUUAGCAUUUAUGACCUCGAUUCUGACAUCACCCAUCUUUCUCCCGGGUUCUUCGUGCAGAGCAAUGGGGUCAUUACUCUACAAAUAUCACAUUCCAGCAUACAGACUGUAGCAGACAGAACUUUUGACGGCUUGGAAAAUUCUUUAGAGAGUUUAACUAUCAUGCAUAGCCGACUCUCUACCGUCCCACAAUCUUCCCUUCAAAAGUUGUCAAAAUUGAAAUCGCUUGAUCUUGAAGCAAAUAACAUCACAGUGCUGGAGAGUUAUACUUUCCUCAAUAUGAAGUUAACGAGUCUUAAUCUCAAAGGAAAUGAGAUCAAAUUGAUAUCAGAAUAUGCCUUUGGGGGCCUUGAGGAAACUCUUGAGGAGCUGAAUCUUAUGAGCAAUAAGCUGAAGCAGCUUCCAAUAUCUGCUCUGAAACGUCUCAACAAACUAAGAACAUUAAAGGUAACUUGGAACAGGAUUUCUGAUAUUGUGAGUGAUGGCUACUCACAGUUACCCGCCCUUGAAGUGGUGGAUUUAAGUAGCAACCGUUUUGUGGAACUUAACAAAAAUAGUUUAAAAACAAUGCCAGAACUCGUGUCACUUUCAGUGUAUAUGAAUGAUAUUACAAACAUUGCAUUCGAUGCAUUUUUUUAUAAUGAUAAAUUACAGACUCUCUACAUAAGUCAUAACGACAUCAUGCACCUCGCUCCAGAGACCUUCACCUUUACUCCAUCGUUAAGAGUUGUAGAUCUGGGAGAUAAUCAUCUGCAUUCGAUAAGUAAUGGUUUAUUUUCCAAUCUUACAGAAUUACAAGAGGUCUUUUUAACAAAUAACAACAUUUUGAAAAUCACUAACAACACGUUCAAUAAUUCUCCAAAGGUGUCUGUACUCUACCUUCAGAACAAUGAGAUUCACGAUAUUGAAAGUGGAGCUUUCCUCAAUUUGGAAAUGCUCUUCAACCUCCAGUUGAGUUCUAACAAUAUUGCCGAUAUCCCGGCAACUCUAUUCUCCACAACAAGAAGCCUGAACUCACUCAGUCUGGACAACAACCGCAUUUCCAGUCUCAGAGAUGGCACUUUCACUCAGCUUGUGGAGCUACGGGAGCUGAGACUUCAGAACAACAAAUUAACGAAAAUUGAAACAGGAAUAUUUUCCCCGCUAUCUAACCUUCUUGAAUUACAUUUGCAGAAUAAUGAAAUCGAAUCCAUUGGUAAAGAAUCAUUUUCGACCUUAGAAAAUCUUCAACACUUAAAUUUAGAAAACAAUAAACUCCAAGAAUUCCCAGACUGCCUCAGUCGAUAUCCCGCGAACCUAAUUGCUCUUAAAUUAUCAAGAAAUGAAAUCAAAGCCGUUCACGUAGAUGCAUUCAGAGGACAAGACAAGCUUGAAAUAUUCUGGUUGAAUCAUAAUAAUAUUACGGUAAUCAAGGAAUCAAUGCUGGGCGAUUUGGGAUCUAUGCGGGAACUCUACUUAGAACAUAACCAGAUAAGGCAUAUUGAGGAUAAAUCCUUUAAAAGUAUGAGGAAACUUCAGCAUUUAUCCCUCUCUCACAAUAAGCUGAAACAUAUCAAUUCGCUGCUGUUUGAAGAGUUAUUUUCUUUGGAGAAGUUGUACUUGGAUAAUAAUCUGAUUAUGGAUAUAGAACCCCAGUCUUUCCAGAAACUAAUCAAGCUCCAUGAGCUAGAUCUCUCAAAUAAUCAGAUCUACGUAAUUAGGAGGUAUGUUUUUGAAGGCUCUCUUCCUAUUAGAACCCUCAAUUUACAAGGUUCAAUGAUUAGUGAGAUUGAUCAUGAUUCUUUCGUAGAUUUAUUGAAACUAGAAGAGUUAAACUUGAAAGGAAACAUGCUGAUAGCCCUGAACAGAAUUUUCCUCAAUGCCCGUAACGUCAAAGUUCUUAAUUUAGCAGAUAACAAAUUUGAAAAUAUUGAGGAAGAUGCUUUGUACAGUUUGCCGAACUUGGUCACUCUAGACCUGAGUGGCUGUAAAUUGUCUAGUCUACCAGCACAUUUGUUAGCUGAAGCUUCUGUGCUAAAAACAAUUAAUCUAUCCAGAAAUGUUUUUAGAUCACUUACAGCUGCACUCUUCCAAAAAAUGUGGGGACUGAAGGAUAUUGAUUUGUCAUAUAAUAAUCUGACAAACAAAGUGUUUGCUACCUUAGCUGGACUCACGAAAUUAGAAACCUUAACACUAACAGGAAACCCACUGGUAGAAUUAACAGAUGCUCUGAGCGGUCUAACACGGCUCCGAGAACUAUACCUAUCUAAUACAUAUCUGAGAGAAAUGGAUAACACAGUAUUUUCAGGGUUAAGGUACUUGAAAGUAUUAGAUCUUUCAGAAAACAAAAUUUCAGAUUUUCCACCAGGUAUCUUUGCCAAUUUGAGAAUAACAAAGUUGAACCUGGCUGACAAUCAUUUUGAGCAAAUUCCUAAUGCAAUGUUCCUUGAUGGGAUGACAGACUUGACUACCCUAAAUAUGUCUGGAAAUCCACUGAAAAGAAUUACUGGAAAGAGGGUCAUCGGGGGUCCCACCCUUAACAACCUAGAGGAACUGGAAGCUACCAGAACGAAUCUCACCAUCCUGACAAGCUCUGAUUUACUCCUGACUCCAUCUCUACGUUCCCUCAACCUGGCCCACGCGUCGAUUGGGAAACUAUCCCCAGGAUGCUUCCGAAAUCUUACCCAGCUGGCUCAUCUAAAUCUCGGAUUUAAUCACCUGGAGAUCUUACCGAGAGAACGCCUUCGAGGGCUUAGAGCUCUGACCCACCUCAACCUUACCGGGAAUAAUAUAAAAAAGCUUGACCAACUUCCCUCGGAUUCUCACACAGUAAAGGUGAUAGAUGCAUCCUCCAACAUGGUGACGGAUCUCGAGGAAACGACUUUCCGGCAUGGCAGUGGCGUGGAAAAGCUUCUCCUGCAUUCCAACUGGAUUGCCAACAUUCACCCUCGCUCGUUCACACCCCUCAGCAGCCUGCGUUAUCUGGAUAUUUCCAACAAUAACCUCGAGGCUCUUCACACGGUGGCUCUCGAGCCGGUCGAAAGAACCCUCAAGACUCUCAAGCUCGGUGGUAACCCUUGGAACUGCGGCUGCGAAGUCAGUGAGCUGUGGUCGUGGCUGCAAAACCAUCUGUCUUACGUCGAGGAUCCAGACGCUUUGUCUUGCGAUCUGCCGAAGAGUUUAUUGGGUCAUCCAUUUUUAGAAUUGUCCUCCUCGGCGUUUUGUCCGCAGCCACUUAUCCUACGGCUGGCAAUCCAAGAUAUCCAGAGCCAGUCAUUAUUAGUAUCCUGGCAGGCCACCAAUUCCUCCGACAUCAACGGGUUUAAGGUAUCCUUCCAGAUGUCAGCAAGGGACGGCCGGGUCUUGGGACCACUCAAGACACGGACGCUACAGUCCCCGUCCAGGAACUACCAACUCGAGGGCCUUAUGCCUGAUACCAACUACUUCAUUUGCGUUCAAGGACUCACGACGGCCCUUCGACCAAUAAGCCGAGCAAGACCUCACACGCAGGAGGAAGCUGCGGUUGUACUUCAAAGACCGCAGCAGGACCUGGACAUGAAGUGCACCCGUGGCAGGACGCUGGAGCAGCUUCAGACCCAGACAGUCCUCGACAACCGCCUGGCAGUCAUCAUCGGCGUCAGCUUGGGCAUCAUCAUUGUGGCGCUGGUCGUCGGGGUCGUCUGCUGCUGCCAGCUGUGUAAGAAGAAAAGGGAACCUGUUAAGCCUGACGCCCCGGGUACCCAGGACUACCUCAGCUACCGGCAUUUUUCCAUUCCCGGGAAUGAAGCUAAUUCUUACGAGGGCUACACGGCAUGUUGAGGAAAAAUAGUGUAAAAUAAGAUAGCGAAACGUGUAACGUAGAGACUUCGAGGUAAUCACUUUUGAUUUUCGUUAUUUUCGCUUUCAUUUCUGUCUCGGAAGAAAAACUGUACAGAAUGGAAAAAUUCUCCCCUGAAAGAGACGAGAUUCAGCAGAUGGAUGGAACUCAGGAACUUUGCAUUUUAGUAGACUCUUUAGCUGAAGUGAGUGCGCUAAGUAUGUCUGUCUGUCUCACCUGCUGUGGGGCAACUAAAAAAAAAAAAUAAAAGAUGGUAUGUCCUCAUUGCGAGUGAUUCUCACAUUUGAAUAAACCACUGAUGCUUGUAAUUAUGUCAUAAUAUGAA